AUGCCAAAGGGUAUCGAGAAGUUGACAGAACUUCGAGUACUCAAGGGUUUUGUAAUAGGUAGUUCUACCAAGACACCAUGCAAAAUAUCAGACCUUGAAAAUUUGAAAAAACUAGAACAACUUAACAUAUAUAUAGAAAGUGAGGAUGCUUUCCAAUAUGAUGAGUUUGAAAGCUUAAAAGAGUUAUCAGCUCUUAAGCAUCUCAAAAUAUCGUGGGGUGUGUCUACUGCAAACUAUGAUGUUAAGAUAAGUUUGCCUUCAAAUUUGGAAAAGUUGCAUCUUGAACGUUUUCCUAGACAGAACAUUCCAAGAUGGUUGAAGCCUGACAUGCUACCCUUGUCAUUGAAAGAGCUAAAUAUAUCGGGAGGGAAACUAAACAAUAUGGAUCAUGGAGAAAUUUAUUCCAAGCUCCUCUGGUUCAAGAUCUUACGACUCAAGUACCUAAAACAUUUGAAUGUUGACCCAACAAAUUUGCGAAAGUUAUUUCCUUCGUUAUGGUACAUAGAAAUAAAACAUGUUCUAAACUAUCCACACUUUGAAUGGAGAAUUGGUGAAGACUGA